AUGUCGACUCCGGAUCCUCCGAUGGGAGGAACGCCUCGCCCGGGGCCCUCUCCGGGGCCGGGCCCGUCGCCGGGGGCCAUGCUGGGACCCAGCCCCGGCCCCUCGCCCGGCUCCGCGCACAGCAUGAUGGGACCCAGCCCCGGGCCGCCCUCGGCGGGGCACCCGCUGCCGCCUCAGGGGCCGGGGGGCUACGCUCAGGACAACAUGCAUCAGAUGCACAAGCCCAUGGACCCCAUGCAUGAGAAGGGAAUAACCGACGAUCCUCGCUACGGCCAGAUGAAAGGGAUGGGAAUGCGGCCCGGCGGGCACGCGGGAAUGGGUCCUCCUCCGAGCCCGAUGGAUCAACACUCUCAAGGUUACCCUUCUCCGCUCGGCGGCUCCGAGCACGCCUCGAGUCCGGUUCCGGCUAACGGUCCGUCCUCCGGCCCUCAGAUGUCCUCGGGCCCCGGAGGAGUCCCCCUGGACGGCACUGACCCCCAGGCGCUGGGGCAGCAGAACCGGGGCCCGACCCCUUUUAACCAGAACCAGCUGCACCAGCUGAGAGCUCAGAUCAUGGCCUACAAGAUGCUGGCCAGGGGCCAGCCCCUCCCCGACCACCUUCAGAUGGCGGUGCAGGGGAAGCGACCCAUGCCUGGAAUGCAGCAGCAAAUGCCGACACUACCUCCGCCCUCCGUCUCCGGGACAGGACCAGUGCAAGGACCAGUGCAAGGGCCUGGACCGGGACCGACACCUCCAAACUACAACAGACCUCACGGUAUAGGAGGGCCUAACAUGCCCCCUCCGCUGCAAGCUCGCAUUGCUCACAGGAUCCAAGAGCUGGAAAACCUUCCUGGCUCCCUGGCUGGUGACCUGAGAACCAAAGCUACCAUUGAACUUAAAGCCCUCAGGCUGCUCAACUUUCAGCGACAGCUGCGUCAGGAAGUGGUGGUGUGCAUGAGGCGAGACACGGCCUUGGAAACGGCCCUGAACGCCAAGGCCUACAAGCGCAGCAAGCGGCAGUCCCUGCGCGAGGCGCGCAUCACCGAGAAGCUGGAGAAGCAGCAGAAGAUCGAGCAGGAGCGCAAACGCAGGCAGAAGCACCAGGAAUACCUCAAUAGCAUCCUGCAGCACGCGAAGGAUUUCAAGGAAUACCACCGCUCCGUCACAGGCAAAAUUCAAAAGCUGACCAAGGCGGUGGCUACCUACCACGCCAACACGGAGCGGGAGCAGAAGAAGGAAAACGAGAGGAUCGAGAAGGAGAGGAUGCGCCGUUUGAUGGCCGAAGAUGAGGAGGGAUACCGCAAGCUCAUCGAUCAGAAGAAGGACAAGCGCUUGGCCUACCUGCUGCAGCAGACGGACGAGUACGUGGCCAACCUGACGGAGCUGGUGCGGCAGCACAAGGCCGCGCAGGUGGCCAAGGAGAAGAAGAAGAAGAAGAAGAAGAAGAAGGCGGAGAACGCGGAAGGGCAGACGCCGGCGAUCGGACCGGAUGGCGAGGCUUCCGAAACCAGCGCUUACGCCAGGAUGGAAGGCGGGAUCUCUCUGCCCGUCCUCGACGGGAGCAGCUUCGGCGGGCAGGCGCCAGGGGCGGGCGGCUGGGUGUUUAGGACGCCUGGGCAGGUCGCGGUCGCGCUGGGAUUCGUGUAUGAAGUAGCUCCAAGAUCUGACAGUGAAGAAAGCGGGUCAGAGGAGGAGGAGGAGGAGGAGGAAGAGGAGCAACCGCAACCCGCUCAGCCUGCCCUGCCUGUGGAGGAGAAGAAAAAGAUCCCCGAUCCAGACAGCGACGACGUCUCCGAAGUGGACGCCAGACACAUUAUCGAGUGAGCCCUGCCCCUUAACCCGCUCUCGCGGCCUCAGAGCCGCUUCCGUCACUCUCGCGUGCUCUGUGCCAAAGGAGCGAAAUCCGGCGGCGCGCGGGUCGUUGGCGCGUCCGAUAGCGACUCCUCUGUCUGCAGGCUGAUUUUUGGGGGUUUCGAUCCCUCCUUUUCCCCGUAGAUCAAAGGUCUGGAGUGGCUGGUGUCCUUGUACAACAACAACCUGAACGGCAUCCUGGCAGACGAAAUGGGUCUGGGCAAAACCAUCCAGACCAUCGCUUUAAUCACAUACCUCAUGGAGCACAAACGGAUCAACGGACCCUUCCUCAUCAUCGUACCUCUCUCAACUCUGUCGAAUUGGGCGUACGAGUUUGACAAAUGGGCUCCUUCUGUGGUGAAGGUCUCCUACAAGGGCUCUCCGGCAGCAAGACGGGCAUUCGUACCUCAGCUCCGAAGCGGGAAAUUCAACGUCUUGCUCACUACUUACGAAUAUAUCAUCAAAGAUAAGCACAUCCUGGCCAAGAUCCGCUGGAAGUACAUGAUCGUGGACGAGGGCCACCGGAUGAAGAACCACCACUGCAAGCUCACCCAGGUCCUCAACACCCACUACGUGGCUCCGCGCCGUCUGCUGCUGACGGGGACCCCGCUGCAGAACAAGCUGCCGGAGCUGUGGGCCCUGCUCAAUUUCCUCCUGCCGACCAUCUUCAAGAGCUGCAGCACGUUCGAGCAGUGGUUUAACGCUCCUUUUGCCAUGACGGGAGAAAAGGUGGACCUGAACGAAGAAGAAACCAUCCUGAUCAUUCGGCGCCUGCACAAAGUGCUGCGCCCCUUCCUGCUGCGGAGGCUGAAGAAGGAAGUAGAAGCGCAGCUCCCCGAAAAGGUGGAGUACGUGAUCAAGUGCGACAUGUCCGCUCUGCAGAGGGUCCUCUACCGGCACAUGCAGGCCAAGGGCGUGCUCCUCACGGACGGCUCCGAGAAGGACAAAAAGGGCGGUGCCAGGACGUCGUGGCGUUCAUUUGUGCGCGAGGGCGGUUUCUGACGCCGGUUCUCUUUCUGGUUGCAGGAAUCCUUUUCCGAGCACUUGGGCUUCACGGGAGGCAUCGUGCAAGGGCUGGAUUUGUACCGUGCCUCAGGCAAAUUUGAGCUCCUGGACAGGAUUCUCCCCAAACUGCGAGCCACCAACCACAAGGUGCUGCUCUUCUGCCAGAUGACCUCCCUCAUGACCAUCAUGGAAGAUUAUUUUGCUUACCGCGGAUUCAAAUACCUCAGGCUGGACGGUGAUCGAGGCGUUGAAACCCUGCCGUCCUCCGAGCCCGGAUAAAGCGCGUUUUUUUUAAUCUCGGCGGGAGCUGGCUGUAAAUCACUCGGCCAACGAUGCGCGCUUCCCCGGCAGGACCUGCAGGCGCAAGACCGAGCGCACCGCAUCGGGCAGCAGAACGAAGUGCGCGUUCUCCGCCUCUGCACCGUCAACAGCGUGGAGGAGAAGAUCCUUGCCGCCGCCAAAUACAAGCUGAAUGUUGAUCAGAAGGUUAUCCAAGCCGGCAUGUUUGACCAGAAGUCCUCGAGCCACGAGCGAAGAGCCUUCCUCCAGGCUAUCUUGGAGCACGAGGAGCAGGACGAGAACAGAUACAGCGCGGGCAGCGGCAGUGGCAGUGCAAGCUUCCCCCACACUGCCUCAACCCUGUGCCUGAACGCUGAGUUGGAGGAACCACCUCUAAAGGAAGAAGACGAAGUUCCCGACGACGAAACGGUCAACCAGAUGAUUGCGCGGCACGAAGAGGAGUUUGACCUUUUCAUGCGCAUGGACCUGGACCGCAGGCGGGAGGAGGCGCGAAACCCCAAGCGCAAACCGCGCCUGAUGGAGGAGGACGAGCUCCCGUCCUGGAUCAUCAAGGAUGAUGCCGAGGUGGAGAGGUUGACCUGUGAGGAGGAGGAGGAAAAGAUGUUUGGGCGAGGCUCGCGGCACCGUAAGGAGGUGGACUACAGCGACUCGCUGACGGAAAAGCAGUGGCUCAAG